AGAUCUAAAAUAUAAACAAAUACCUGAAUUUCCAGCUGAAAAGGGGGGGAAAGAAAUAAAGAAAAGCGCGCGCCAGCACACGAAAACAAGUUUAGUAGGAAACGUCUGCAGGCGAAAGAGAGAAAUCGAAUAUUUGGCGCACGGAGGACUGACACCGCUUCCACUUCUUACGAAGGACGCCGCUUCGACUUCAUACAACGGAGUAGUCCCUUAAGGCAUCGCUGGCUUUUGAGGAUUUUUUUUACCGUGCCCCGAUUUCGCUUCGAACUGUCCCUAAAGCAAGCGGGUGACAGACGUCAGGCUUGCAUGACCUACUUUUUCUUUUGGUGCCCAAGCCAAACCGUUUAGAAUUAAAGAAUCUGCAUUGAGUUUAUCAGAACUGAUGGGAGCUCGCGGUCGGUCCACCCACCAACGCAUCCAUACAUCCCUCCGUGUCGGCAGCAUAAUUUAGAGGGGGUGGGCAAGUCUUUUCGUUGCUGCUGCUCAGCAGUUGGUAGCCAGGAGUCCUUUGCAAACCAAAGACCUGCCAGCAGACCCGUAUCUGCCUCCUGUUCACCCCUCUUUUAAAAGGCAGUUAAUUCCAGCGGUUUUGGGUUCCCCCCUACAUCUGUGGCGAUCGGCGCGGUCAGAAUCCUUCAAACUAGCUCGGCUGCCUUCGAUGGGGCUACUCCGGGUUCCCGAGGCUCAUGGCUGAGGAGUGUGGGCGAGUUGCAGUAGCAGCGGCGGCGGCGGCGGCGACCGCGACUGGGAGAAGACGGAAAAGCGCGGGAGAGACGGGGCUGGUGAGCCCCGAGGUUGCCGGAGACGAGGAUUCGUGCUCGCCGUCCACCCCGCUCUCGCCUUCUUCGUCUUCUCCGCGCUCGCUGAAUUCGGGCCCGGGCGGAUGCGCGCCCAGCAAGUGCAUCUGCAGCAGCUGCGGCCAGGAGAUAAUCGACAAGUACCUUCUCAAGGUAAAUGACUUGUGCUGGCAUGUGCGGUGUCUCUCUUGCAGUGUAUGUAGGACUUCUUUGGGAAGGCACACCAGCUGCUAUAUCAAAGACAAAGACGUUUUCUGCAAACUAGACUAUUUCAGACGGUAUGGAACUCGUUGUUCUCGCUGCGGCAGGCAUAUCCAUUCCACUGACUGGGUCCGAAGAGCUAAGGGAAAUGUGUAUCACCUGGCAUGCUUUGCCUGCUUCUCCUGCAAAAGGCAGCUUUCCACAGGGGAGGAGUUUGCUUUGGUGGAAGAGAAAGUCCUCUGUAGGGUACAUUAUGACUGCAUGUUGGAUAAUCUGAAACGAGAAGUUGAAAAUGGUAAUGGUAUCAGUAUGGAAGGUGCAUUGCUAACAGAACAAGACAUUAAUCACCCAAAACCAGCAAAAAGGGCGCGGACAAGUUUCACAGCAGAUCAGCUUCAGGUAAUGCAAGCACAGUUUGCUCAGGACAACAAUCCAGAUGCACAAACACUCCAAAAACUGGCAGAAAGAACAGGCUUGAGCAGGCGUGUGAUACAGGUGUGGUUUCAAAACUGCAGAGCACGCCACAAGAAACACGUUAGCCCCAAUCACUCUUCGUCUACUCCUAUUACAACAGUCCAGCCUUCCAGGCUUUCUCCACCAAUGUUAGAAGAAAUGGGCUACUCAGCCUAUGUGCCCCAGGAUGCGACAAUGCUAAAUGCUUUGCAUAAUUUCAUGGAUGCUCAUUCACCUUCUGCUCUUGGACUCCAGCCUUUGCUACCCCAUUCAAUGACACAACUGCCGAUAAGUCACAGUUAACUCAUUUAUUUCAGGGACAUGAGACUAAAGAGGUACCCCUGAGAUACCCACUGUACUUGUAUUCAGUUUAAACUUUAAAUGACAUCCAAAGCAUUUUGAAGACGAUUUUGUUGCCCAGGUAUGUAAGUAUAGUUGGCCUGCAAGACACUUUUAUGGCUUUCUCCAUAAAUAUGUUUACAAGACUUAUUAAAGAGAAACACCUUUUUUUUUUGUAUUGUCUGGAAGUAGUCCAUUCUAGCUAUGUGUUUGUUUAAUUUAUUUAUCAUCAAAAGAGCACUUUGCUAAAAGACAGGACUGACAGUUGUGCAAAAUGUUUACAAUUCUUUGUGAAAUUGUAGUUCAUCAUUAGUUUGUAUCUGUAAGUUAUUGCUAUUAAAGUAUUACUUGUAUUUGAGUUACAUGCAGCCUAUACUUUGAAGAUUAUGUCCAUGAGCUGGCAAAAGUUCAGUUGCCAGAAUUCUCUAAAUGACCUAAAUAAAACCUUCUGUUGUAGCAUGACUAGCAAACAUAUUAUUGCGUUAAUGGUAUAAUCUCGAGUAUUUUACAAUGGACAGCCUGAUUCUAUUAGUUGAACUUGUAAGGAAAGACACAGUAAGUGCUCUAAGUACAUAAAUAUUUAAUGAAUUGGCAGCCUUCUCUGAACUGGUAGAUGUGACAUCCGACAUGAAGUUACUUAACUAUAAAUGGUAUUGAAAUGUCAAUGAUACCCUUUAUAACCUAGAGAACAGCUAACUGUGGCUACUUUAAUAUGUUUUGUUCAUUUCACCCUGUUGGUUUGGAUUCUUACAAAAUAUAUUUCAUGCUACACAA